CCAAAAUGUCCCUGAAAAUCCUCUGUCUCCUCUUCAGUGUAACUUUCGCGAAAGCAGCUGGUCAAACCGGCUGCACUAUAACCGAAUACAAGCAAGUCGACGAUGUGUUGAAACGAUGCACCAACAUAACAAUAUCGAACUUGACCAUGCCGGGAGGAAUACAGUUGAAACUGGACUUGCAGAAAGGCUCCACUCUCACCUUCGAAGGAACCACGGUGUUCGAGGUGGCCCAUUGGGAAGGCCACCUAGUAGAGGUCACCGGAGAAGGAGUGUUGGUUCAAGGAGCACCAGGUAGCAUUUUGAACGCACAAGGCGAGAAAUACUGGGACGGUCAAGGCGGAAACGGAGGCCUCACCAAACCCAAAUUCUUCAAGAUCGGCACCACCGGAGGCUCGGUCUUCAGGCACAUCUACCUGCUGAACUGCGCCCACUUCUGCGUCGGAAUCACCGCCAGCGACGUCCACGUGCACCACUUCACCAUCGACGUCGUCGCGGGUAAUUUGCGAGGCGGAUUGAACACCGACGGUUUCGGCGUCUCUAACUCCCACAACGUGCUGAUUGAGGACUCGGUGGUGAUGAACCAAGACGAUUGCGUGGUGGUGAACCGCGGCACCAACAUGGUCUUCAGGAACCUGCAAUGCUACGGCACCCACGGGCUGAGUUUCUCUGUAGGCGACAGCCACAAGGACGCGGUGAAUGGUGUCACCAAAAACAUCACCUUCGAGGAUUGCCACGUCGCUGACGGCCUCUACGGCAUCCAUUUUAAGACCAAAAGAGGCACCGGGUUGGUGACUGAUGUUACUUAUAAAAACAUCAAGUUGUCUGGCAUACAGGAAGAUGGAAUCUACAUUAACCAAGAUUACGGUGAUAUAGGGAAUACGAGUAGAUCGUUGCAAAUAGCUAAUUUGAGUAUAAAUAACGUGUAUGGUUCGAUGAAUGGAGCAUUAGCUAGGCCUGUGCAUGUUGUUUGUAAUGAAAAUGCUUGUUCGAACUGGAAUUGGUCUGGAAUCAGCAUUGAGGGAACUGGAAAGAAUUAUUGCAAUUUUUCUCCUAACGGUUUCAAUUGUUGAAUAAAGUUUUA